AUUCUACUGGCUGUUUUUACAAAUACGAUGCCUCCUAAUGGCAAAAAGCAAAGUUUACCUCCGAAUGUACUUGGCAACCUUCCUGAGAAUGUAAUCGAUGACAUUCUUUCUCGUUUGUCUUUACGAGAUGCUGUGAGGACAAGCAUGUUAUCGAAGAAUUGGAGAUAUAAGUGGUGCAGGCUUACACAGCUGAAACUUGAUCAAACACUUUGGGAAACAACAAAUGACUUAAUACCCCCUACUGUUAAAAUUACUGACAUUAUCUAUCAGCUUUUGACCCUUCAUGUAGGACAUAUUUCUAAAUUUAUCCUCUCCGUCUUUGAUCUUAUCAACUGCCCUAAGAUUGACAACUUGAUAUAUUUCCUCUCUCGGAAUGGCAUUCAACAUCUUGUUCUUCAAUUCCCGAUAGUUGAUUUCAUCAUGGUAUCAGAGCUGAAGUUAUCUGUUAGCUUUAGAGAGGAAGAGCGCCAAAGCAAAUUACUUGCUCCUGUGCUCUGGAGCGCUGUUGAUGAAAUUCCUGCAAGCUUCUCAAAUGUGACAUAUAAUAACCUGAGGGCAGUUAAGAUUAAAGGUGUAGCAGGAGCAUGA